AUGGAUGAUUCUCAUGAAUUUUCUCACUGUAUUUUUCCGUUGUUUUCAGCUAAAGUAAAACGACUUAGCUUGGAAAUAUCUCAAGUCUGUCGAAGAAGAGGACUUAACACUCUUGGUAUCUCACUGAUGCGCGCGUGCAUUUGUGUGUGUUCCAAUUGGGGAAAGAAGAAGCAUGAGAGGGCGGGGGGGGGAGAGAAUUUGAAAAGGGGUGUGGAUGAAGAAUUUUUGAGUCUUCAAAAAGGACAAAGCAUUAUACAGGUUGUCGACCUUCGAAGUUCCAACAUUAUUCAAGUAACGGAUGCCAAAGGCCAGAGAUGUUCAAAUUCACACAAGAGAAAUCAAAACAGGAUACACAGUCACACAAUUCUCAGGUGUAAAGGCAAUACGGUUGUUUUUCCAGUUGGACUUGUUCACUACCAACGCAACGUGGGAUAUGGAAAUUCUAUUGCUAUUGCUGGUGUUAUAAGCAUUGCGAAUUCAGUUUUCGGAUCAGAACCAGCUAUAGAAACUAUUGUUUCCCAGAUUCAAUCAAAUUUCUAA